AUACUCUCUAGUAAUUGUGAAAAGCUGCGCAAUUUCCUUCCACUUUUGCUUUAAAUUUGCUUGAUUAAGUAACAACCGAAAAUUUAAGAUUUCUAAAGAGGUUUUCUAGUUUAAAAUAUCGCCACCUAAUAUAAAAAUGUUUGUACUUCUUCGGAAUACCUAUACCCAGUGCUCUCGUUUGGGAAUUAUAAACAAAUUCACUUGCGGAACUGCUCUAAAUUGUUAUGUUCCUCCUAAAAGGACUUUAUCAAUUAUUGGUGGGUCUGCAGUCAUAAAUCAGAGAAGUUUCUCAGAUAAACCACGCAACCAAAAAACUACAGAUAGUUUACUGCAAGAAAAGAUGGAGAACAAAUCUGAAAAAAUUAAUGUAAAUAAGGAAGAGCUAAAGAAACGUCUAACUCCACUACAAUAUCAAGUGACACAAGAAGCAGCUACAGAGCGACCAUUUACAGGCUGUUAUAAUAAGCACUAUGAAAAGGGCGUAUACCGUUGUAUAGUUUGCCAGCAAGAUCUAUUUAGCUCGGAUAGAAAGUAUGAUUCAGGUUGUGGAUGGCCCGCAUUCAAUGAUGUGCUUGACAAGGGCAAAAUAACCCUGCAUCGUGAUGCUAGCAUUCCAGGGGGUAAUAUUUUACUACUAAUUAAACAUCCAGAACGCAUACGCACAGAAGUACGCUGCGCUCGUUGUAAUGCCCAUAUGGGGCACGUCUUCGAGGAUGGACCCAAGCCCACUCGCAAACGGUAUUGUAUAAAUUCGGCUGCAAUCAAUUUCGUCUCGGCCGACGAGUUGAACGAUACCAAUGGUGUAGGUUUCACCGAAAGCACGCCCACAACCACCGCCACGCCCAUUGUGCAGCAAUAACGAACAAAAUGCGAAUGCGAAUACCUGAAAUGGAUAAAUGACGAAAACGGUACAAAAGCUGAAAAUUGAAUUAGAUAGUUGUGAAAUUUUAUUUAAAAAUUAUUUGCAUACAUACAUAUUAAUGUAUGAAAAUAAAGUAUAAAUAAGCAAGCCAAAUUGUGGAAUAAUGGCAGUUGCCAAAUAUGAUAAACUUCUCAAUAAUAACAAGCGAAAUUAUCCACAAGAGAAUCAGAAAAAUAUUUUCUUUUCAAUUCAAUAAUAAGCAAUUAAAUUGUGGUUUGCUAUAAUCGAUAGUAUUUUAAGAUACCAUAGCUAUAAACUAAAAAUCUGUAAAUGGCGUUAAUCUUUCUGGAAAAUAUGCCUAAUAAAUUGGAACCAAAAGUAUUCAUGUAUACAUAUAUAGAUAGUGCAAACUCUUGCAUUUUUGCAUAUGCAUAUGUAUGUCGGUAUGUAUGCAAUGGGCGCUUAUCUGUUAACAUAAAAAAAAACGGAGAAUUAAAAAAUAUCCGCCAGAAAA